AUGUGUCCAAAGGGUUACAGACUUAAUGAUGCUGCUGAAUGUGAAAAAUUACCGAGAAUUUGCUUUGGUUUGCUCCCUUCAAAUGAAACUGUCUGUUCGGGCAAUGGUGUUUGUGAGUCUUACAAUAAUUGUUCAUGUUUCGCAGGUUAUUAUGGCGAGCAAUGUGAAUUAUUUGGUUGCAAUGGAAUUCCAAAGGAAGAUCCAAACGUUUGUUCAUCUCAAGGUGUUUGUAUUUCUGCCAAUAAUUGUACUUGUAACAAUGGAUAUUAUGGAAAUAAUUGCGAGCAUUAUGACUGUUUUGGUGUAGAGCACUCAAAUCCAUCAGUUUGUUCUCAAGCUGGUCUCUGUAGUUUGCCAAACAAGUGCGAAUGCCGCGAUGGUCACUCUGGUGAAACUUGCCAAUAUUUUACCUGUUUCGGAAAACAAUCAAAUGACUCCACUGUUUGCUCAGGUCAUGGUGUUUGUUCAUCUGGAAAUAAUUGUACCUGCAAACCUGGAUACUAUGGAAACGAAUGCGAGAAUUAUGGAUGCUUUGGAUUGGCCCACAACGAUGAGAAAGUAUGUUCCUCACAUGGUGUUUGUGAAGCAAUUGAUAAGUGUGUAUGUGAACAAAACUUUAACGGUUCUAGUUGUGAAUUUUAUUACUGUAAUGGAGUAGAACACGCCGAUCCAAAUGUGUGUUCAGCAAAUGGAUACUGCACAGCCCCAGGUCGUUGUGAAUGUAAGGAGGCUUAUGAAGGAGUUAAUUGUGAAUCAUUCACAUGUUAUGGUAUUUCCUCAACUAAUACUUCAACUGUUUGCUCAGGGCAUGGUGUUUGCUCAUCUGGAAACAAUUGCACUUGUCAAGCUGGCUAUUCAGGAAAGGAAUGUCAAAAUUAUCAAUGCUUUGGUGUACUCAAUUCUAACAAGCAAGUAUGCUCUGGUAAUGGUAUUUGCAAAUCUGUAGACAAGUGUGAAUGUCAAGCUGGAUAUUACGGAAAUGUUUGUGAA